AUGCAGGGGCAGGAAAACCUACUGCGUCAUCAAGGUCUGCAUUUAGAAGCUUUACUGGGGAUCCUGGGAACACAAAUGGAUGCUGGUCUAUGGUCCGACUGCAAAAUUAGAAUGUUGAAUGCUGGCAACUUGAGCCUUCAGGAAAGCGCAGGUUCUCCACACCAACAAUAUUACAGCCACUCUGCAACAUAUUUCAUUAAAUGUCCGAACAACUCUAGUGAUGGAUACACCGCUUUGGUUGAUAUCCUGAAUCAUAACGCCACAAGCUUGCUUGGGAACACGAUCCCUCGAAUUUUGGGAAAGAAUAAUCAAUUUAUCGAUGGAAACCUGGUUGUGGCGUUUGUGCUCUGUGCUGUAAGUGUAGGUUCGUGGAUGCUUUUAUUAGUACUGCUGCUACUCCCGGCAAAUAACCAUAAUAGUCGCAAGAAGAUGGUUUACCUGGGCGUAGCGUACUCCGCUAUCUUUCAUACCGUGAUCAUUAGCAUAUCAAUGAGCUCGAUCUUUGAAAAACAGUACGCCAAAAACUAUCAAAGUUCCAAGGAAUAUAAUGAUCGGAUGCUUAACUCCACGCUGUACAACGUCAUGCUAUUUUUUGGAUCUAUCAUCAGUAACUUGAAUUGGCUUGACAUUGUUUAUUACAUGUUUCACAACUAUCGAAAGACGAAAAAUAACUGGGUACCCAGACUACUCAAUAAUAAGAAUCGACAAAUUUUGACGGUAGGUUUAUCGCUCACAUGCGCCCAAACUUUAUUAAUGGGUUUUAAACUCUGGUCAGCUCACCGCGCCAACAAAACAAUCGCCAUUCUGUUAAGAACAAUCGACUUCAUCAUCUACACUCUGUUCACUUUGUCCCUUAUGUGCUACGUAUGGCGAAAUUUUCGGUUUACCCUUGUCCCGCGGAGGAGAGGACAAAGACUUUCGUGGCGAGCUUUGUUCCUAUUUUUUUGGAACGAUUACCACGAGACCUUAUUGUUGCUGGCCUAUAAUGCGGUUGUGAUUGCUAUACUUUAUUCAUGCACCAUCAUUUUAAUGACAAUGACUCUUGAAGUUUCCAACUGGAUGGGAAGCCUGUUGGCGUUUUUGAAUGUUCUCGUCACGGUCAACACUUGGGGACUGAUAGGAGUUCUGGAACGCCGUGAAAGGACUUUCAGUAAAGAGACAGUUUUGGGAAGAAAAAUCAACAACAAGGACCGAUUUUUCGUAGAUCCAAAUAUCAAUUAUGGGACCGAUGAUAACUUUUGUUUAGGAGAGGACUCAACAGGAGCGCGGGACGUUUCUCUGAAGCCGAAAAGCAAGCUUCGUAGACAUGGCAAUAAGAGGCUAAACAUAAUCAAAAAGCCAGCCAGAGCUUUAAAAUCAAAACUCCUUACAUCUAAACGCAAAGAUGAAGCGGUGGCUGAUCAUCAAAGCUUUAUGAGCGACGCCGAUGGAGGCCGGGGCUCUACACAAUUUCACAACGAUCCGCAGGACUGUGAGAGGGUUCAUGACAAUGAGUCUACCGAGACUUUGCUCACUAGGAACUACAUCUUCAAUCAUGACGGAUAA